AUUCCGUGACUGUAGUUAAUGAUAAAUAAAUUAAAUACUACCAGAUUCUUAUUGGCUAAAUACGGAAUACGUUAACUGUAAUAUUUGGCCUCCAGGGCAUAAGUUCGAAUUCGAAUCUAUCUUCCAGGCCAGUCGCCGUCAAUGUUAUUACAGCAAUCAUUCUAAUUGACCUUAGUAGAUCUGGAGAGUUCGAUCGCUUUCUACGUUAUUAUCUGCCAGUUGCAAUCUUCAAGCAACGCCGAAACAUGAGUGAUCCGAUAAAUGUGGUGGUUACAGGAGCGGCAGGGCAAAUUGCCUAUUCUCUAUUGUACCAGCUUGCUGCUGGUUCAGUUUUUGGUCCAAAUCAACCGAUCAAUCUUCGUUUGUUAGAUAUUCCAGUUAUGUUGGGAGUAUUAUCUGGGGUAGUUAUGGAACUGGAAGAUUUAGCUCUUCCUCUUUUAAGAGAAGUUAUACCAACAGCUGAUCCAGUUGAAGCUUUUAAAGAUGUUGCUGCUGCUUUCCUUGUUGGAGCAAUGCCCCGAAAGGAAGGAAUGGAAAGAAAGGACUUGCUAGCAGCUAAUGUAGAAAUCUUUAAAGUUCAAGGAGAAGCUUUGGAUAAGCAUGCUCGAAAAGAUGUUAAAGUGUUGGUUGUUGGCAAUCCUGCCAAUACAAAUGCUUUGAUUUGCUCACAUUAUGCACCAACAAUCCCAAAACAAAACUUUACAGCUAUGACUAGAUUGGAUCAAAAUCGUGCUCAAGCAGCUUUAGCAUCUAGAUUGGGUGUACAGGUUGACAAAGUAAAGAAUGUGAUUAUCUGGGGUAAUCACAGUUCAACCCAAUAUCCUGAUGCUUCCCAUGCUAUUGUGACCCUUAAAUCUGGCACCAAGCCAGUACCUGCAGCAGUGAAUAAUAAUGGCUGGUUGGACACUACAUUUGUAGAAACGAUUCAAAAACGUGGUGCAGCUGUAAUAUCAGCAAGAAAAAUGUCAUCUGCGAUGUCAGCUGCUAAAGCAGCUGGUGAUCACAUGAGAGAUUGGUGGAUGGGUACCAAACCAGGAGAAUGGGUCAGCAUGGGUGUACUGUCUGAUGGCAGUUAUGGAAUUCCAAAGGAUAUUGUGUUCUCUUUCCCAGUUAAUAUACAAAACGGACAAUAUAAAAUCGUACAAGGACUUUCGAUCAGUGAUGUUGCAAGAUCAAAAUUAACUGUUACAUCCAACGAGCUACAAGAGGAACGUGCAGAAGCAAACAAUGUGCUACAAAAAAAGUGACUAAAAU